UUACUUUCAUCCGCCGUUCUUGGGUUGACAGCCAUCCAGCAGGCACCAGUUUUCUUCUCCUACAGUCCCACGGCGUCCUGCAAUAGACACCGAGGAUUGGUCAGUGCAGUUCUGUGCGGACAGCAAAUAAACAACACCAUGGCACGGUUGUGUGUUGUCGUGUGCUCCUGGUUUAGCAGCGUGACUCUCCCUCUACUUCUGGCCUGCUCAGAGCUGUCGACAGAAGAGUUAUAAAGAGUUGGGAGUACCGGACGCAACCAUCAGAAGCCGAUAGUGCCCUCGGAGAGCCACCAGUGUUCCAUAACGGUUUUAGCCAUUGCGGCAUCGCUCUUAGAGAAACUGAAAGAUACAUAAUUCCAUCCAUCAACGCUCAGAUACUGGAGAGGGACACAAACAUCAGGAGUAUUGGCCGACAGAGGAUUUUCGAGAGGAUUAUAGAAAGGAAGCGAGAACAGAUUGUGGUGCUCUGUGUGGUGGUGUGGCAUCGGACCUGUUUGCCUCCCUUGGCUCGGACAUCUCCACCAUCAGCAUCAAUUGGAUAAAGCAGAGGAGCAGCAGCCCCCGCCGUGACCAUGCGCCACUCUCUACGGACCGAGUUCUCUGCACAAGCUUUGCUUGCUCCCCUGUUAGCGCUGGCCCUAGCGGUGAGUUGGACGCGGGGAGCUACAGUACUGACGACGCAUGCACCGGCGGUGUCAACCUCCGACGCACACGAAACAGCCAAGAAGAUAGCACGAGUCAUCAUGGGAGAGGAGGACUUGUCCGGGCCGAAACCCAACGGCACCACAGACACUGGGUUUAGGGAUCCGGCGAGGGAAUCGAUGUCGACGCGUCAAGAACAACGGAGAAAAGAUACCAUUCUGCAGCUGAUGGAACAAAGCGAGGAGAACCUGCGUAAGAGUCGAGACGUGGAACAGUUUGACAUAAACAAAAACCUUACGGAGCAGUAUGACAUAAUACGAGCAAUUCCUAUGAGGCACACUCGAAAGAAAGGUCAUAACAACUGCGGAAUCAUCACGUUUGACCUGCACCAGGCCAGCCACAAGGAGAAGCUAGUGCGCGCCGAGCUGCUGCUGAACACCAAGCUGCGGGUGGGAGCGGCGAGAUCCUCCGGCUCCGGCGUUCGCAUCGUGCGCAUCUACCGGGUGGGUGAGGACGGCAGCCACCGGGAGCUGAUCACGCAGAAGGUGAUAGCAUUCAGCCCGAUGAUCCGCAACCAGGACAAGAUCCGCUGGGAGACGUUUGACGUGCUACCCGCGGUGAAGCAGUGGAUGAAUGGCGAGCCGAAUCACGGCCUCCAGCUGGACGUGCUGGCCAACAACGAGAGCAUGAAGUGCGGCUCGCGCCCUGACGUGCACUUUGUGCGCGGUUUCCACAAACUUAACCGGCCCGUCCUGCUGGUGUACAGCCACGACUACUCCGAGCCGAUUCGUCGUCACGGCAACCAGCGCGUGCUGGCGCCGUACCGGAGGUCGCGCCGCUCGUCGUCGCCUGCACAGGAGCAAUCGCAGAGCGCCAACCUGCACCGCUGCAUGCGCCGGGAGUACAAUCUCGACUUCCUAAGCGCCGGCAUCCUGGGAGACUCUCUGAUAGCGCCGGCGACGCUCGACAUUGGAAUCUGCAACGGAGAGUGCAUCUCGCCGGGCUCGACCAACGGCAUGCGUCUCACGAAUCACGCGCGGUUGCAGGCCGUGCUGCACAGCAAUAAAACCCUGGAGCACACCAUCCCCGCGCCGUGCUGCUCACCGAACACGCUGGGCGCCGUUUCGUUCAUCUACCAAGUGCAGGGAACGAUGGUGGCAAGGAUCCGGCACGACGUCGUUGUGGACUCGUGCGGCUGCCGGUGAUGCACGAGGAUCAGGCACGGCGUCAUCGUCGAGUCGUGCGGCAGACGGUGAUGCAAUGCAAUCGCAACGCUUAUGGUCGCUGUGAUAUGCAUUCCUGAAUUGUGAUGAUGUCGACACACCUGGCUGAUUUGUGAUGAUCGGAUGGCAUUGACGGAGCGACUAUGUUGUCAUUAUGGAUUUCUGGAUUCAGUCGUUACUUGAUGGUGCUGCUGCUGAUGAUGAUGAUGAUGAUGUCAUCAGGCGCAGAGCAUGACUCACCAUGGCUAUGCAGAGCAUAUGGCCAUAGAUGCAUUAUUUCAACAUUUCUGAUCAGCGCAGAAAUUCGCCCACUGUACAUGUGCUAGAAUGGUGUUAUUGGAAGCAGCGCAGGUAUAAAAGCAAACGGAAGCGUUACAAAAUGAAAUCAAUUUUAUAUUAUGUCAAUUGAAAUACCUGCGUCAGCGCUGCGGAGAUGUGUUGAAGCUAGGUGUCAGGACGUCGAACGUCUCAGUACUCUGCCAGUUUUGUGCCUAGUUAUUGCACUUUCUGACUGUAUAAAGUAUCAUGUUGCAGUGAUGGAGAGUUAUUCUUAACUCGUAUCCAUAAUGUCCUUUUCCUUUCUACAUUUAUUUAUGGCUCAACAUCCGAGUUUCAAUUGAGUGUUCUAUAUUUUCUGAAAUUGGGUUGUCAUUUUGCUUUGACUCUUACUUCAUGGUGUGUUGAA